UGACAGUUAAGGGGCAUGAUAGGAGGAUAGCUCAUUUGUAAUGAUCAGGUUGUCCACGUUCAGGCAGGACAUGCUCACGCUCUCUAUAAAAGAUACUUGUAUCAUAGGAAGAUGCUGUAGUUCCUCUUCAUGAUUUUUCCACCGAGCAGCUUGCAGUCUGCUUUGCUUUGAUUAUUAAUCCCCGAAACACGUCCAAAUCUGUCAUUUUGUGGCAUCUAUUCAUUAACGUGGAAUCACACAGUAGGCUGAUGUCACAUAGUAUCACAUGGUAUUGGAGCAUUUGUUAACAUAUGAGUAAAAGCACGAUAUCUGACCGAUACCCAAUAGCAACAUCGAUAUCAGUGUUCCCCCUCGUCUCUUUUUUCCCUCCACUUUCUGAAAUCAGACUCUGAAAUGAGCUUUUCACCUGCAGUGUAUCGCUUUGGAAAGCACAUCCAGGGAAUCUUACAGAAGAAGUCAGUUCCUGCUUGAGUACACAGCGCCUGUUUGCACAUUGUCAUCUGGUUAAAAGGUGUACCUGCUGCAGUUUGUAAACAGAUGUGCUCUUUUAUGUGCCGGGAUAUUUGCUCAGCCAUGAUCGUUCCCAAACCGUGAUAAGAUUCGGUCAAAAAGAGAACUGUGGACCUGGACAGAAGGGGGUCUUGCUUCUUUUUUUUUCCUGUGUUAGACAUACGACUAAUUUUCCACAGAGAGUUUAUUUUUUUUUUUAAUAUUAUCCUUGUUUCGAGUAGAUCACACUGCUGUAGAUUACAGUAGAUUACACUGACAUUAUUGCUCAUGUCUGGUGUUGCUUAAUCUUUUUAACUGUUCUCCAGUAUUUUUUUUUCUGGAAAUUGCCUUAUAUACGGUUAGUAAUAAUAGCCUGUUAGAAAAAUCUGUCUCAGUGUCGCGCCUUAACAGUAAUUACUGUCUGUCACACUUAGCGUCUUUUUUUCUGAAGAAAUUCUUGUUGUGCAGUGUAGUCAAACUUUCAGUUCUACUUUAGAUCAUAAUCUAGUAAAGACGCACACUUCCUAUUCAACGCAUUAGCAAUUUUAGAGCUUAAUUCAGUUUUCUAAAUCUCCACCUUGCAGUCCCACUUGUACUUUUCCACAGCAUUUCCCAGCAUGCUGGAGCGGGCAGGAAUGUGAACCUACCAGGGUGCUUUCUCUCUCUCUCUCUCUCUCUCUCUCUCUCUCUCUCUCUCUCUCUCUCUCUCUUUCACCUCACGUUCUCGUUCUAUCUCAGCCCUUUUGUUUCUCUCGUAUGGCCGUGCAGCAGAAAGCCGAUGCUCUCUGGUGUCCGAGAGCGGCAUGGAGAUCAUUUCCUCUGCUUUUACUGAUGGCUACCAGAUGGCUACACAGCACACACUCUCUCUCCACGCUUCACUUGCUUCUUCUGUUUUGUUUGGAAGGAGGGCCCUUUCGGGCGCAGGGCAUGUGUAUACCUUAGCAUUGCCUCACGCUGUGAAAAUAUGAGCCAGAUGUGCGUUAAAGCAGGUCUAGGGUCAGAUUUCCGUCGCUCAAACUUAUAGGCCAGUCCCAGACAGGCACUCAGACUGCAGAUCUCAUGCCAUGAUGGUGCUUUGUCGUGUUGCACUGAUGCAUCAUGACUGACACACUAUCACCUGAAAUGAUGUGUAUUGAUGGGCAGAAUAGAUUUGAAAAAAAAUGUAGAGAAAGCAGUUGUACUUAAAGGACAUUGGCAAGGAAUUAAUAAGAUGCAAGGAAGAUUGUAUUUAACUGCAUAUUUCUUCUGUGUCUGUUUCUACACACAUUAUUUGCUUAAGAAAGUAUGUGUAUGUGAAUUUAUGGGACUGUAAUACUGAUGUGACUGUCUGCAUUAUUUUGACUAGAAGCAGAGGAUAAAAUGGAGUAGUUAAGAUUUUAUAUAACUGCUGUAUGUUGGUUUUUUGUACUAAACAUUUUUAGACUCAUUUUCAUUUACAUCUAUCCAAUUUCCCAUUGUGAUAAUUAAGUCUGUACAUUUGAAAUGAGCAGUUAGUCUCCGGCAACAAGAAGUUUCUCUCUGUAAGAUGAUAAUUGUCAUAUGCGUCCUCUUUUCAGCUCCUUAUUGGAGGGUAAGGAAAAAAACAUUGGUCAAACUUUUUUUAAAUUUUAAUCAUGUGUGUCUUUUGUAAAGCACAUAAACUGUUUAGCCUAGGUUUUUUUUUUUGAAUGAACUUCCUAUAACAAAAUAUUUAUAAGAAAUUAGAUGUUGUUUAAAGCAACUCAGUUUGAAAAAAUUAAUUACUGAAAAAAAAAAAUCCAACAAAUUUCACUACGCUAUUAAAUAAGCACAAAACACUAACUCUUCUCUAACAGGGUUUUGACUUGAUAUUGUACUUAUUUUAAUCUGUAAAUCUGGCUUUCAGGAGCACUGGCGUAUCCAAAAUGCAUGGUCCAAAAUGACCGCACGUUUGUUUGUUAACCGGGUCUGAGGUUUUGUUUUCCCGGGUGUGUCGAGGUGUAGGUUGGUUGGAAGUUGACUCGGAGUUCCAGAAGGGUCUGAGUGUGUAGGAGGAGACCGACUAGAGGCAAGCUGUGAAAUGCCGCCGCUGCCCUGUGCAAUUCCUCAGGUUAAUGUGAGGCCGUAUAGUUCGGGUCUCUCCUGCUCCCCCUACCCUGACUGAAAAGCGAGCUAGAGAGAGAGAGAGAGAGAGAGAGAGAGAGAGAGAGAGAGAGAGAGCUCUUAGCAGCUGUCCCUUGUGACAGUCCUGCACUCGGCCUGAUUGCAUUACAGGGCUUUUGCACAACAUGACUCGAUAGCUUCAGCUGGCGCCGUGCCAACACCGAUACCGUGCCAACUUGCAUGUGUGUGAUUGCAUUGAAAGAGAAAGAGAAACACUCUUCUAAUGAAGACCUUUUGCUGUACGGGGUGCAACUUUGAGAGGUGUGGCUCAUACUCUCCUGUUUGCCAUCUUUAUCUGUUCUGGAUUCUUCCUCAAUCUCAGACUUCUCUCAAGCCUUCUCAGUGUCUUUUCAGCUCGGCUCACUCAUCUUAGAAACUACUGUUCCACAUCCAGGCAAAAGUCAAGGCAUGGAAGAAGCGGUGGUUCGUUCUGCGCAGUGGACGACUGACGGGAGACCCGGACGUGCUGGAGUACUACAAAAAUGACCACGUGAAGAAGCCCAUCCGAGUGAUAGACCUGAACCUGUGCGAACAGGUGGACGCUGGGCUCAGCUUCAACAAGAAGGAGCUGGAGCACAGCUUCAUUUUUGACAUCAAGACCAUCGACCGAGUCUUCUACCUGGUGGCUGACACUGAGGAGGAGAUGAACAAGUGGGUGCGCUGCAUCUGCGACAUCUGUGGCUUCAACCCCACCGACACAGAUGACUCGGCGAAGGCGUCUCAGCAGGCUGCAGUGGCUGGAGGUUUGGUGGUGGAUGUACCUCCUCGUUCUGGGCUGAUGGGGUCCUCCGCACUGCCCAGCGUGCCCCCUCCGUACCAGCCGGUCAGCGUUGGACACCUGGACUCGUCCUCCAGCCUGGACGACACACAGGACUACCUGCUGCUGCUCCACUGUGAGAGCAAGAAACCCGAGCCCAGCAGUGCUAAUGUGGCUCUGUCUCAAAGCGGGCUGGAGCAGGAAUACCUGCUCUUGGAGGAGUGUGAGAGCAAGACUGCUCCUCCUGACAGUCUACAUGACUGCUCCAAGUCUACCUCCUCGGAGCCGGACUGCAACGACAACCUCCCAUCUCACCGCACGCCCACUUCCUCAACCUCCACAGCCAAGCACGCAUCAGUCAACGGCUUCUUCUCUUCCCCACACGCCCCAUUAUAUGACUCGCCUCCAGCAAGGGGGGCCAGUGUGUCGAUCGAGGCGCAGGCUUUGUACCAACUUCCCCGCAGCCGGUCUCAGGACACGGUGCUGCUGCCCAAAAGUGCGUCCUUGUCAGGCACCACCGACUCCGACGCUGCCGACGUCUACGUCUUCAACACACCCGCGCGAAAGCCUUCGCUUGAGGCUCAGCUCAGGAACAUGUCCGUCAGCUACGACAUCCCACCCACACCUGGCAGCAACUGCACCUAUCAGGUGCCCCGCACGGCUGGGGGGGCGGAGGCCUCAGCGUCAGACGUAGUGCCACCUCCUCGACCACCCAAACCCUCAGUAGGGCCGGCGGCCGAUCGCUCGCCCACGGACACUUACGUCGUACCUAGGUCAGUGUCGGAGACGGACUCAAACUACUGUGUGCCUUCAGGGCCGGGAGGAAGCAAAACUCUACGGAGCAACACCAUUGGCCCUGUGGAUUCCUCACGCCUGCGCAAAGAUUAUGGAUCACAAGACUGUUAUGAUAUACCCAGAUCUUUCCCUUCAGACAGAAACUGUUCAUUCGAGUUCAACGAACCCUUCAGCAACUAUUUUAAAAAUAAAGGCAUGCUGCCUGUAGGGAACACUUCAACUGAGGAGAUGGAUGAAAACUAUGUGCCUAUGAGUGCUAAUUCUCCAUCACAUCAGCAUUCAGGUAGCCUGUCCGAGCUUAUCCAGGAGCCCAACUACGUGCCCAUGACCCCGGGCACAGUGGAGUUUCCCUCCCUGGGGAAGCAGGUGCCUCCUCCGGCCCACAUGGGUUUCAGAUCAAGUCCCAAAACACCUCCACGAAGACCGAUGCUCAUCACUGACUGCCAGCCGCCACCUGUUGACCGAAACCUCAAACCUGACCGCAAAGGUCAGAGUCCUAAAAUAAUCAGAGCUAAUCGGCCUGUCGGUCUUGAGCGAACCGACUCUCAAACCAUAGGUGAUUUCUCAAGACGUCGUAAGGCCAAGCCUGCCCCUUUGGACAUCAAACCAGUCCCUGAGUGUGAGGAGUUUAUUACACCAGUGCGCUCGCCCAUCACCAAGUCCUUCACCCGGGACCCCUCCAGGUUCCACACGGUUCCCAGGCCACCUUCGGUGCAUAGCACCGCCUCCAGCACCGACUCCGAGGAGGGUGAUGAGAAUUAUGUCCCCAUGCAGUAUCCUAAUAUGCCUGCAGAUGAACCAAAGUUAGGACCACCCAUGAAUGCCAAGGUCGAGUAUCUGGACUUGGACCUGGACCCUGGCAAAUCCACUCGAAAGAGCAACGGGGCAGGCAUGGCAGUGUCAGAUGAGCGGGUAGAUUACGUGGUGGUGGACCAGGAGCGCACUCAGGCCCUAAAGAGCACCCGAGAGGCCUGGAGCGAUGGCCGGCAGUCCACUGAGAACGACACCCCCUCCAAAGGGCCUAAAUGAACCCUCAGCCCCUCCUCCUUCGUGAUCCCUCCUCUGGGCUGGAGAUGGGGUGCGGUGCAGGAGUCAUGCGAUGACACGCCUCCAUCUGCCCCUAUUAUUCAUCUAGAUUAUACUGUGAGAGAGAAGCCGGUUCAGUUCCCACAUCAGAUGGUUUACACUGCCACCUGGCUGAGGGAAAGGCAACUGUGUGGAGGAGAGCUGAGCUUCCAGAGCGCCGUUUAUAAGCUGCGAGAUUAUUUCUACUCUACUGUGUGUUGGGGCUGAAGGAACUGCUAAACAUCACUGAUUUAGAGCCCUAUGAAUAGUUUGCUAACAGAGCAGCAAUAGACUUUCAUUUGUAUCAAGUGGACACUUGCUGCUUCACUUAGGUGUUUUUUUUUUUUUUUUUUUUGGUAUAUAUUCUCAGUCUGGGUUUUAAUUCCACCCAUGUGUUCAUUCACGUUCAUGGAGAGGAAUGUUAUCUUUUAGUUUGAUCAGCAUUUCUGAGUUUACCAACAAACAACUCUCUGCUUUUCCUGUUAACACAACUGUCAUGGUUGGGUUACAGGAAAGGUUUUUUUUUUUUUUUUUUGGCAGGAAGCAUUCAAAUUUAUCCAGUUCCAUGAUAAUCUGAAGCUUUGGUACCUCCUGGUUUAUUUUAUUUUAUUUUUUUGGGUGGGUGGUGUUUAUUACCCACUAGAGCAUUUGCAAGGUAUUGAGUGGCAUGGAGGAGAGAAAAAAAAAACAAGAAAGAAGAAGAGCAUCACAGUGGCAAGUAGGACUGUUAAACUGACUGUGUAAAGCAUUAUAUGUAUGUAUGUGUAUAUAUAUAUAUAUAUAUAUAUAUAUAUAUAUAUAUAUAUAUAUAUAUA